AUGAACGGGGCUUCCGAGGCCCCGAGGUGUGACUCCACGCAAAUGAAACCAUCAAUCCUCCUCUCCAGGCGGCGUGAGGACCCGGCACCCAGUGGGAAGCGGGUGCCGCCCAUGUCCCCGCCAGCAGUCGGUCACGAGAAGGACAUGCAUGGGCCUGCCUGGAGGGGAGCCCCGGACUCCCGCCAGGCCAGGGGGGCAGAGACGUCCAGCCCAGCGAACCAUCUGAAGACCGAGAUGGGGGUCCAGUUUUGUGGAGGAAGAUCGAGAGCGGCCAGGAGGAUCCAGGCCUGGUGGCGGGGCCUGCUGGUGCGGCGGGCGCUGCUGCACGCGGCGCUGCAGGCCUGGGUCAUCCAGCGCUGGUGGCGGCAGACGUGGCAGCAGCUGCUGCACAGGAGGCGGCGGGAGGCGCUGGUGAGCUACGCCAUCCGGGAGAGGGCGGUGGUCAAGCUCCAGUCUUUGGUCCGCAUGUGGCGCGUCCACUGGCGAUACUGCCAGGUGCUCAACGCCAUCUACGUCAUCCGUGGCCACUGGCAGAGCCACCACUGCCAGACCUGCGCGCUCCUCCGGGGGCACUGCGUGGUCACGGCCACCCACCUGCAGUUCCACAUCGAGAUCACCAACCCCUGA